UCAACAAAUUAAACAAUAAAUGCCGUAUAAAGACUCCAUUUAAUUUGUUCAAAAUAAGUUGGAAGUCUUGGCACCAUAUUCCUAUAUAUAUAUAUAGCGUUUAAGAGGUUUUUCUUUCUGGUAUAGUGAGUGCAAUGCAAUGAUGUGCCUCAAGCUUAUAGUGCUAGUAGCCAUCUUUGCUGCUGGAGCGUCUGGAGACCUGGAGUUCACAUUCAACGGAUUCAGGUCGGCCAAUCUGAGCCUGGACGGAAUAGCUGAGAUCACACCCGAUGGCUUACUCAGGCUAACAAAUGAAACCAUGUUGCAGAAAGGCCGUGCCUUUUACCCAAUGCCUAUCACUUUCAAGAAUUCCCCCAACGCCUCUGCUUUCUCCUUCUCCACCACCUUUGUCUGUGCUAUGGUGCCCCAGAAUCCGAGUUUGUUCACCCACGGCCUUACCUUCGCCAUCACGCCCCCGGGAGGCCUUCCGGGGGCACUUCCCUACCCGUAUUUCGGCCUUUUCAAUGACACCUCGGAUGGCAAUUCUUCGAACCAUGUGGUGGCAGUGGAGCUUGAUACCCUCCAGAAUCGGGAAUUCGAUGAUAUUGAUAACAACCAUGUUGGAAUUGAUAUCAAUGGGUUGAGAUCAGCUUUAGCAAAAUCAGCAGGGUACUAUCAGGGCAACCAGGUUCAUAACUUUAGCCUUGGAAGCGGCAAGCCAAUACAGGUUUGGGUGGAAUAUGAUGGCAGGGCUAAGCAAAUGAAUGUCACUGUGGCUCCUUUUAGUGUGGGUAAACCAAGUAAGCCUCUCUUGUCUUUUCCCCAUGAUAUUUCUCUGGACAUACUAGAAACGGUCUCUCUCGGCUUCACAUCCGCCACGGGUUCAACAGUGUCAACCCAAUAUGUUCUUGGGUGGAGCUUCAAACUGAAUGGUGUUGCUCAAGAACUAGAUCCCUCUAAACUCCCAAAGCUUCCACGAGUGGGGCCUAAGAGAAAGUCUAGAUUUUUGGUGAUUGGUGUGCCUUUGAUUUCAAUAGUUUCUCUGGUUAUUGUCUUGUCUGGAGUGGGCUAUUAUGUGUUGAGGAAGAGGAAGUUUGCAGAGUUGCUUGAGGACUGGGAACUCGAGUAUGGGCCUCACAGGUUCCAUUACAAAGAAUUGUACUUAGCAACCAAGGGGUUUUCAGAGAAACAACUAUUGGGUGCUGGGGGAUUUGGCAGGGUUUAUAGAGGUGUGUUGCCCAACUCACAAGGUGAGAUUGCUGUGAAGAAAAUUUACCAUCAAUCAACACAAGGAAUGAAAGCCUUCAUAGCUGAAGUUGUUAGUAUGGGUCGGUUGUGUCAUAGGAAUUUAGUUCCUCUUCUUGGCUAUUGUAGGCGUAAAAGAGAGCUGUUCUUGGUUUAUGACUACAUGCCUAAUGGAAGUCUUGACAAGUAUUUGUUUGACAACCCAGUACACACCCUCGGUUGGAACCAAAGGUUUGAAGUAAUCAAAGGAGUAGCAUCAGCUUUGUUCUAUCUACAUGAAGGAUGGGAGCAGAUCGUGGUUCAUAGAGAUAUAAAGGCUAGUAAUAUCUUACUAGAUAGUGAGGGAAAUGGACGAAUAGGAGAUUUUGGCCUAGCUCGAUUGUAUGAUCAUGGCACUGAUCCUCAAACUACACAUAUAGUCGGAACUCUUGGCUAUCUUGCACCGGAGUACGUUAGAACAGGCAAGGCCACAACAAGCUCUGAUGUGUUUGCUUUCGGAGCAUUCUUGCUUGAAGUUGCAUGUGGUAGAAGGCCUAUAGAGUCAAAAGCACCAAAUGAGGAUCUUGCUUUGGUGGAGUGGGUGUUUUCAUGGUGGAGUAGAGGUGAAAUACUAGAGGCUAUUGAUCCUAAACUUGGCAAAGAUUACGUUAUUGAGGAAGUAGAUAUUGUCUUGAAGCUUGGGUUAUUGUGUUCUCUACUAGAUAUAGAAUUUAGGCCUAGCAUUCGACAAGUUGUUCGGUACUUGGAGGGCUCUGUAGCUCUACCAGAACUGUCAUUGCUUACCCUCUCCACCGCUGGCCUAAUUGUUUCCCGAAGUGAAGGCUUUGAUGAUUUUGUUUUGUCACUUUCCAAUUUUGAAGGUAAUUCAGGUUGUUCUUCCAUCACGAACUCCACUAUCUCUGAAGGUCGUUGAUUAUAAAAAUGGGACUACUUAAUAGUUACAUAGAAGCAAUUUGAAGAUUAAUUACAUCGAAUAAGAUAUUUUAUUGUAAAAAUAUAUAUAUUAUUUAGAAUAGUACUUAUUAUAGAGGUAUAGUAUGUUGAUUUUUUUUUUUUUGAUGUAAUCUCAUCUUAGUUAGUUUCAUACUUUCAUUACAAAGAAUAGUAGGUUUUCUCAAUAAUAUA